CCAUGUCUACUUUGGAGCCAAGUUUCGCAGCAACUUUUUCUCUCAAGAUUCCCAUCAAACGGCAAGUCAAUUUCUAUUAGGGGUCUCUUGGUUUCGCUAGGGUGAUUAAUCAACAAAGGCCGCGGUAGACUCCGAAAGUGCAAACACAAUGGAAAGCUUCUGGCCUAGUCAACAUUUCGACAUCCUCCCCGCUGCCCCCCCGGCCAGGCUAAAGUGCCAUCCCCCAGACGCCGCUUCAUUCCCCAGCCUCCCGCCGUCCAAUCACAGCUCCGCCGAAUAUCAGCACAAACCCGGAAGGUCGCCCACGCUCCACAAGAGCCGAGGCUCGCGGCACCAUUUCCAAACAUGGCUGGACGCAGUCCAUUCCCCCCAGACCGAUGUCAUCCGAAAGACGCACUGCCUCCUCAACUAAAGUGGCCAGACCGCCGCUGCGACCUGCUCAGACUCUCUCUUAUCCUCGUGAAUCCGCACUCUGACGAGCGAACUCCAACUCCCCUUCCUACCUCGACGGACAUCCAUACCACG